CAACAAAAUAUCAGUUUGUUAUCCCUUUGUUUGUCUGUUCCACUUUCCUUCUUAAAAUGCUAUAAUUCCAUUUUGAAUUACUCAAACCCAUUUUCUUUGAAAACAAAUAAACCUUUUUUAUUAAGCAAGUUUGCUCCUAUAGUUCUUCCAUUGAGCAUGGAGAUAGUUGCUGGGCCUGUGGUCUCUUUUGUUGUUGAAAGGAUUGGUGAUUGGUUGAUUAAAGAAGCAAACCUGUUAACCGGAGUACGCUCUGAGGUCAAGGCAAUUGGAGAUGAGCUAAUCCGGAUGAAAUGCUUCCUAAAAGAUGCAGAAGCAAAGCAUAAAGCAGGAGCGAUAGAGCGUAACUUUGUUAUAGAAAUUCAAGACAUCGCUUAUGAUGCUGAAGAUGUUAUCGAAACUUUUGUCCUCAUGAGGGAGAGAAGAGGAGGUGAUAUCCAAUAUUUUUUUAUAAGAUAUGGCUGCAUCUUUAACAAACUUAAAGAUCGCCACAAUGUUGGGUCAAAGAUCAAGGCUAUUAAAGUCAGGAUUUCUCAACUUUCCACAAGUUUACAAACUUAUGGUAUAAGAUCUAUAGCGGAAGGUGAUCAAGGGUCAUCAAGUUCAGCACACGAAAGGCAACGUCUACUAAGGCGAACAUAUUCUCAUGUUAUUGAAGAUGAUUUCAUAGGCUUGGAGAAUGAUGUGAAGAAAUUGGUGGAAUAUCUGUUGAAUGAAGACAAAGAUAGUUACAACUGGCAUCAAACUGUUUGUAUUUGUGGCAUGGGUGGUUUGGGCAAGACCACUCUUGCUCAAAAAGUGUACAGUCACAAAGAUGUUAAGCGUUACUUUGAUGGUGUUGCUUGGGCUUGUAUAUCUCAGCAACUCCAGAAACAAGAUGUUUUGCAAGAGAUCCUGAUCAAAUUUAUCCCUGAGAAGAAGGACGAGAUUCGCCGUAUGGGAGAUGCAGAGCGGACCAGAGAGCUCCAUCAAGUCCUAUCUGAAAAAAAAUGUUUGAUAGUUCUUGACGACAUUUGGGAACAGGGGGACUGGGACAUCUUGAAAUCUGCAUUUCCCAUUGGAAAAAGGAGUUGCAGCAAAAUAUUACUCACCACACGUAAUAAAGAAUUGGCUUUACACGUGAAUCCACAUGGAUUACUCCAUGAACCACCAUUGUUGACUGAAGGUGAAGCUUGGGAACUGCUUCAAAAGAAAGCACUUAGAAGAGCACAUGGUUCAUCAGACAAUAGACCUCUGAAAAAGAUUGAAGAGUUGGGGAUCAAAAUGGUUAGACAUUGUGGAGGUCUACCAUUAGCUGUUGUUGUGCUUGGAGGUAUUUUGGUAACCAAACAUACAGAGGAGGAGUGGGAGAAAGUGCAUAGGAAUAUUAAUUCACACAUAAGUAAGGGCACAAGUGUGGGGCAUGAAGAUGGAGGAGUAUCACAAGUGUUGGGUUUAAGUUACGAUGACUUGCCAUUUCAGUUGAAGCGAUGCUUUCUCUAUUUAGGCAGCUUUCCGGAGGAUUCUCGGAUUGAAUUAGAGAAAUUAUAUGAAUUGUGGAUAGCUGAAGACUUGAUAUUGUCAGGUGACACAGAAGUAGAAGACACAAUGAUGGACGUCGCAGAGCGUUACUUGAGUGAAUUGGCACAAAGGUACAUGGUUCACUUGGGAGUAGAGGAGGCCAUAGAUAUAUUUGGCAAUUAUGAAAGUUUAAAAUAUUGCAGGCUUCACGACAUGAUGCGAGAAUUAAGCAAGUCAAGAAGUAAAGAAGAAAUUUUUUUCAAUGUGAUUGAUUCUGAGAAAAUUUCAUCAUCAUCAUCAAAUGCUAAAGUACGCAGAGUUGCCAUCCAUGGCCAUUUGGGGAAGGAGAAGAAUUAUGGUGAUUGGCUUUCAACUCACCUUCGGUCGGUGCUUUUAUUCGGAGGAUAUGAUUGGAGGCCGUGGCAUUGGAAAGACUUGAAGGUGUUGAGAGUUGUUCAUCUUGAAGUGAGGGAACUUGGAAAGUUACCCAAAGCAAUUGGAAAGUUAAUCCAUUUGAGAUACUUGAGUUUAAAAGGUUGUGAAGGACUCGAAUCGUUGCCAUCAUCUAUAGGCAACUUGAGAUGCUUGCAAACCCUAGAUUUAAGGGAUAAUUAUAUGAGAAUACCAAAUGUGUUAUGGAAGAUAAAAAGCUUGACACAUCUAUAUCUUUGUGAACAUAUAAAAAGACAAGGAAAAAAGAUGAGAUUGUCAGGGUUGGGCAAGCUGGAGAUCCUGAAAAAUUUCGAUUCAAGUAGUUGUGAUGUUAAAGACCUAUCCAACCUUAAAAAUCUUAGGAAACUGACAGCACGUUUUUAUCGUGACCACGUGGGGGUGGCCGACUUCGUCAAUUAUCUAAGAAGCCCCAGUCGGCUACGGCACUCAUCAAUUCUGAUGCACCACGACUUUAUGUCAGAAGAAGAGCUAAUUGUUUUGGUAGAGUGUCGUCAUCUUAAUACAUUGAGAUUACAUGGUGUUAUCGGAGGUGGUAAGUUACCUGCAGUACACCACUUCUCUCCAAGCCUCACCACAUUGUCUUUAAUUAGAUCUGAACUCAAGGAGGAUCCAAUGCUAACACUGGGGAAACUGCCUAACUUAACACACCUCACCUUGGGGAGUGCCUUUGAGGGAGUGGAAAUGGUUUGCUCUGAGGAGGGUUUCCCUCAACUCAAAUUUCUACGACUUGUCCGUUUAUACAACUUGGAGGAGUGGAGGGUGGAUGAAGGAGCCAUGCCCAAUCUUUUUAAAUUACAAAUUAUUAAUUGCCGGAGAUUGAAGAUGGUUCCAGAUGGAUUGAAAUUCAUAUCUACCCUUCAGGAAUUGAAUAUAUGGAGGAUGCCACAUGAAUUUGUUAGAAGACUUGGAGGGGUAGAUGGAGAAGAAGGAGAAGAUCAAUACAAAAUCCAACACGUCCCUAGCAUCCACAUUGAGAACUAAAAUGAGAGCAGCUUCUGCUUACUGGGGAGAUGAUGGGAUUGCCCAAAUUUGAUGAAGGGUGGAUUCAAUGUACUCAAAGUGUGACUGCAUAAUUGAAACUUGUCAGGUGUUCGAUGAAAUGCUUAAAGGAAUUUGAUGGUUGCAGGGAACUCGCAAAUGGGUUUGCUUAGAGAAGCUUGUGGUUUGUUUUAUCAUAUGAUAAAUGAUUGUUAUGAUUGGAAAUUGUUUGUUAAUAAUUUUUACUCUUGCUAGUGUUCUUAAA